AUGGGUUACAAAUUUUUAAAGCUUGCAACCUCAUCAGCGAAGGGAAGCAGUUUACGUAUUGCAGCAAGACAAUAUGCAACAACACACGAUGCCGAUAUUGUCGUUAUUGGUUCAGGCCCUGGCGGUUAUGUAGCGGCUAUUAAAGCAGCCCAACUGGGCAUGAAGACCAUUUCUGUUGAGAAAGAUCCAACUCUUGGAGGAACAUGCUUAAAUGUUGGCUGCAUUCCAUCUAAAGCCCUUUUGCACAACUCUCAUCUAUACCACAUGGCUAAGCAUGACUUCAAGAAUCGAGGUAUUGAAGUGGGGAAUAUCUCAUACAACUUUGAAACAAUGAUGAAAUACAAGGAGAAUGCAGUAAAGGCAUUAACUGGUGGCAUUGGUAUGCUGUUCCAGAAAAACAAGGUUCAAUUGGUCAGAGGUGUAGGUUCUAUUGCUGCACCGAAUAAGGUUGAAGUAAGAGGUGAGAAAGGUGUUGAAACAAUCAAUACCAAAAAUAUUCUGAUUGCCACUGGUUCGGAAGUGACACCAUUUCCUGGAGUUACCAUUGAUGAGAAGCAAAUCAUAACAUCAACUGGCGCUCUAUCCCUCACAUCUGUACCUAAGAAAAUGUUAGUGAUUGGAGCAGGUGUUAUUGGAUUAGAACUUGGCUCCGUGUAUCAAAGGCUGGGAGCUGAAGUUACUGCCAUUGAAUUCCUGGAAAGUAUUGGAGGUGUUGGAAUUGAUGGAGAAGUAUCUAAAGCCCUGCAGAAAAUUCUUGCAAAGGAAGGCAUGAAGUUCAAACUUGGCACGAAAGUAUUGGCAGUCAAAAAAGAGGGUAAUAUUGUGAAAGUUGAUGUGGAAUCAGCAAAAGGGGGCAAGAAAGAAACGCUGGAAUGUGAUGUAGUUCUAGUCUCUAUUGGAAGACGACCUUACACUAAAGGUCUGGGAUUAGAAAAAGUGGGCAUCGCGUUAGAUGACCGUGGUCGUGUACCCGUCAACAACAAAUUCCAAACAACAGUUCCUGGAAUAUACGCAAUUGGUGAUUGCAUUCAUGGCCCUAUGUUGGCCCACAAAGCUGAGGAUGAAGGCAUUGUGUGUGUUGAGGGUAUUAAGGGCAUGCCUGUACACUUUAACUAUGAUGCCAUUCCAUCCGUGAUCUACACAAGUCCAGAAGUAGGCUGGGUUGGCAAAUCCGAGGAAGAUCUUAAGAAGGAGGGUAGGGCGUACAAAGUGGGUAAAUUCCCGUUCCUCGCCAACUCCCGGGCUAAGACUAAUGGAGAGCCUGAUGGCUUCGUUAAAGUACUCGCCGAUAAAGCCACGGAUGUAAUCCUUGGUACACACAUCAUUGGCCCUGGUGGCGGUGAAUUGAUCAAUGAGGCUGUACUGGCUCAAGAGUAUGGCGCUGCCGCCGAAGAUGUCGCCAGAGUUUGCCACGCUCAUCCCACUUGCUCAGAGGCGCUCCGCGAAGCUAACUUGGCCGCAUACUUUGGAAAACCAAUCAAUUUC